AUGCUGAUCUUGCAGCAAACAAAACAAGCAGACCUAGAAAACUCCCGAGUGCUCCAGCAGCUGGCUGAGCCACAGGCCCUGGUGCUCCCUGACCUGGGGUCCACCCCAGGGCAGAUUCUCAGACUGCAAGACAGGGAACGGAAAGCCCAGUGUCCGUCAAACAGGGAAGAAGCGCUAAGCCAGGGCAUCCGCGCCUCUUUCCUGCCCCGGCCCCUCCCCAAGAACAAACACCCUGGCUGCCUGGAGCGGACAGUGCCCUACCUGGCCUUGAAGCUGGGCCAAUGUGCUCCACUACAUAAGCCCAGGCCCCCAGAGAGGGAGCACCUUGCCCCACUCCCUCCUCGACUGCCGGCCCGCCGUGCCAGCCCCAGGAUGGGCACCAGCAGCAGGAGCUGGGCACUGGUGUGGGCCCUCGAAGCCCUGCUCAUGGUGUGGCCGGCAGAGACGCAGGGCCAUGAGGAGCUGAGCUUGGGGAACCCAGAACCCACCCAGGACCAUCACAGGACAAAUAGUGCCCUGAACCGGGCCCACAACGGGCGGGUGUGCAGCACCUGGGGCGACUUCCACUACAAGACCUUCGACGGCGACAUCUUCCGCUUCCCGGGCCUGUGCAACUACGUGUUCUCUGCCCACUGUGGAGCCGCCUACGAGGACUUCAACCUGCAGAUGCGCCGCAGCUUGGCAGGCUCCAGUUCCACCAUCAGCCGCAUUGUCCUCAAGACCCAGGGGCUGGUGCUGGAGCUGUCCCACAGCUCUGUCCUUGUCAAUGGACAGCGGGAGGAGCUGCCCUACAGCCGUGCUGGCUUCCUGGUAGAGCAGAGUGGUGACUACGUGAAGGUCAGCGUCCAGCUGCUGCUGACCUUUCUGUGGAAUGGGAGGGACAGUGCCCUGCUGGAACUGGACUCUAAGUAUGCCAACCAGACAUGUGGGCUGUGCGGAGACUUCAACGGGCUCCCAGCCAGCAAUGAAUUCUUUGUCCACAAUGCCAGGCUGAGCCCUCUCCAGUUUGGUACCCUACAGAAGCUCGAUGGUCCUACGGAGACCUGCCAGGACCCCCUGCCCUCACUGGACAACAACUGCACGUAUGAAGAGGACAUCUGCCACUGCACCCUGCUGGGCCCGGCCUUCGCUGAGUGCAAUAAGCUGGUGGACCCCGAUCCGUAUGUGACUGCCUGUGUCCAGGAUCUGUGCCACUGCCCCACAUGCCCAUGUGCUACCAUUGCCGAGUAUUCCCGCCAGUGUGCCCAAGCAGGGGGCCAGCCACAGAACUGGAGGGGCCCCAAACUCUGCCCACGGACGUGCCCCAUGAACAUGCAGCACCAGGAGUGUGGCUCGUCCUGCACCGACACCUGCUCCAACCCCCAGCGCUCCCAGCUCUGCGAGGACCACUGUGUGGCCGGCUGCUUCUGCCCUCCAGGCAUGGUGCUGGACGACAUCACGCACUCUGGCUGCCUGCCUCUGGCACAGUGCCCCUGCACCCACAGCGGCCACACCUACAUGCCCGGGACCUCCUUUACUACCGCCUGCAGCUCCUGCACCUGCUUUGGGGGUCUGUGGCAAUGUCAGGACCAGCCGUGCCCUGGCACCUGCUCUGUGCAGGGAGGGUCCCACAUCUCCACCUAUGACAAGAAGACAUAUGAUGUCCACGGAGACUGCAACUACCUUCUGUCCAAGAAAUGUGCCGACAGCAGCUUCACUGUGCUGGCUGAGCUGCGGAAAUGCGGCCGGACAGACACAGAGAACUGUCUCAGAGGAGUGACACUCAGCCUCAAUGGUGGGGACACGACCAUCCGGGUCCAGGCCAGCGGUGGCGUGUUCAUGAACUCCAUCUACACCCAGCUGCCUGUGUCAGCAGCCAACAUCACCAUCUUCAGACCCACGUCCUUCUUCAUCCUGGUGCAGACAGGCCUUGGCCUGCGGGUGCAGGUGCAGCUGGUGCCCCUCAUGCAGGUGUAUCUCAGGCUGGACCCCGCCUACCAUGGCCAGAUGUGUGGGCUGUGUGGGAACUUCAACCAGAACCAAGCUGAUGACUUCAUGGCCCUCAGUGGCGUGGUGGAGGGCACAGGUGCCGCCUUCUCCAACACCUGGAAGACCCAGGCUGCCUGCCCCAAUGCCAAGAACAUCUUCGAGGACCCCUGCUCACUCAGUGUGGAGAAUGAGAACUACGCCCAGCACUGGUGCUCACUGCUGACCAACCGCACAGGCCCCUUCUCCGCUUGCCACUCCACCAUCAACCCCUCAUCCUUCUACUCGAACUGCAUGUUCGACACGUGCAACUGUGAGAAGAGUGAGGACUGCAUGUGCGCGGCCCUGUCCUCCUACGUGCAGGCCUGUGCUGCUGAGGGCGUGCUGCUGCAUGGCUGGAGGGCCGGCGUCUGCACCAAGUACAUGAGCAAUUGCCCCAAGUCUCAGAUCUACCAGUAUGUGGUGGACACCUGCCCGCCCACCUGCCGUGCCCUGAGUGAGGCCGACACCACCUGCAGUGUCAGCUUUGUGCCUGUGGAUGGCUGCACCUGCCCGGAGAACACCUUCCUGAAUGACGCAGGCAUAUGUGUGCCCGCCCAGAAGUGCCCCUGCUACUUGCAUGGCACCAUGGUGGCCAAUGGGGAGACCGUGCAGGAAAACAGCAUGGUGUGCUCAUGUGCAGAUGGGAAGCUGAGCUGCCUGGGAGCCCCCCCUCCCACGUGCUUGAUCUCCCCAGGCUGUGUGGCGCCCAUGAUGUAUCUGGACUGCAGCAAUGUCUCAGCGGGCACCCCAGGGGUCGAGUGCCUCAGGAGCUGCCACUCCUUGGACAUGGACUGUUUCAGCACACACUGUGUCUCAGGCUGCGUGUGUCCCCCGGGGCUGGUGGCAGAUGGGAGUGGGGGCUGCGUUGCCCAGGAGGACUGCCCCUGUGUCCACAAUGAGGCAUCCUACAAGCCGGGGGCCACCAUCCGGGUCGACUGCAACACCUGCACCUGCAGGAACCGCCGGUGGGAGUGCAGCAGCCAGCCCUGCCUGGGCACCUGUGUGGCCUAUGGGGAUGGCCACUUUAUCACCUUUGAUGGCGAGCGCUACAGCUUCGAAGGCAGCUGCCAAUACACCCUGGCCCAGGACUACUGUGGGGGCAAUGGCAGCUCCAGCGGGACUUUCCGCAUCACCACUGAGAACGUCCCCUGUGGGACCACAGGAACCACCUGCUCCAAGGCCAUCAGACUCUUCCUGGGGAGCUAUGAGAUGAUCCUCCACGAGGGGGGCUUCAAGGUGUUGGAAAGGGGGCAGGGUGGGGAUCUGCCCUACAAGAUCCGCUACAUGGGCAUCUUCCUGGUCAUCGAGACCCGCAGUGGGCUGGUGGUGUCCUGGGACCGGAAGACCAGUGUGUUCAUCGGUCUGCAUCAGCAUUACCAGGGCAGGGUCUGCGGCCUGUGUGGGAACUUCGAUGGCAAUGCCCUCAAUGACUUCACCACACGGAGCCAUGCCGUGGUGAGCGAUGUGCUAGAGUUUGGAAACAGUUGGAAGUUCUCCCCGUCCUGCCCGGAUGCCCUGGUGCCCAAGGACCCCUGCACCACCAACCCUUACCGCAAGGCCUGGGCCCAGAAGCAGUGCAGCAUCAUCCAUAGUGCCACCUUCGCCACCUGCCACUCUCAGGUCGACUCCACCAAGUACUACGAGGCCUGUGUGCAUGACGCGUGUGCCUGCGACUCGGGGGGAGACUGUGAGUGCUUCUGCACCGCUGUGGCCGCCUAUGCCCAGGCCUGCCACGAAGCUGGCGUGUGUGUGUCCUGGAGGACGCCAGACGUCUGCCCGCUAUUCUGUGACUACUACAACCCCCGUGGGGAGUGUGAGUGGCACUACCAGCCCUGUGGGGCCCCCUGCCUGAGAACCUGCCGGAACCCCAGUGCACACUGCCUGUUUGACAUGCCUGGCUUGGAAGGCUGCUACCCAAAGUGUCCACCCAGCAAGCCCUUUUUCAACGAGGACCAGAUGAAGUGUGUGGCCCAGUGUGGCUGCUAUGAUGAGGAUGGAAACUACUAUGACAUUGGCACGCAGGUCCCCACAACCCAGAACUGCCAGAGCUGUCACUGCACCCCUGGCGGCCUCCAGUGCUCUCACAGUCCCUCGGCCUGCACAUGUUUCUACGAGGGCCGGACUUACGGCUACCAAGACAUCAUCUACAACACCACCGACGGCCUCGGUGCCUGCUUAAUGGCCAUCUGCGGAAACAAUGGGACUAUCAUCAGGAGGGCGGAGGAAUGUCCUGGAACCCCGUCCACAACACCCUUCACCUUCACACCCUUCACCACAAGCACAGUGCCCACAGCAUCCACGGUGUGUGUUCGCGAGGUUUGCAACUGGUCCAGCUGGUACGACAGCAGCCGUCCAGAGCCUGGUAUGGGAGGUGGCGACAUGGAGACACUUGGGAACCUGAGGCAGAAGGGGUACCAAGUGUGCCAGGCCCCGGCAGCCAUCGAAUGCCGUGCAGAGAAGUUCCCCAGCACGCCGCUGCAACAGCUGGGCCAGAAGGUGAACUGCGACCCAGACAGAGCACCAUCAAACCUCAGUCAACAACACAAGGCACCUGCCAGCCUCAAUGUGAAUGGACAGAGUGGUUCGACACAAAUUAUCCCAAAUCUGAGGAGGACGGGGGAGACAUAG